UUGAAAAACGAUUUUAAUGACUCCAACCUAACUCCACCAUUGGUUCGUUGGACAAAGCCUAUGAGAAAAUGUAUUUUUGGAUGGUUUUUAGAUAGAAGAUAGUUUGUUUUAUUCUACGAGAAAAAAAAAAGUUAACAUAACUUUUUGUAUUUUUUUUUGGCAUUCAUGUAAUCCAAAAAAUAACAAAUCACAUAAGGUUUUGUGUUAACUCUUCAUGUUAACCUCGUUGAACAAAAUGUAUAAGAUCUCCUCCUAAACCUGUGACCUUAUUUUCGGCGUUUAUCCCAAAACCCUAUUAUUUCCCCAUUAAUUUCCCCCAAUAGGAAUGGCUGAACGAACUAAUUUACGGUGUUUUGGACUGCAGGCUGGCAAGCUCCAUGACUCAUAUUUCGAGAAAGGGACGUAGCUGCAUCCCAAUAUGGCGACUGGAGAGUGGGUUUGUCGAAAGGAAAAUAGUGGGCGUGUGGAAAGCGCUCUGCUUUAGGUUAUACGGUUUUGAUUGAGCUGUGUUUUUCUUCCGUUUCCUGAGUUGCAGCAAAUCUGCACAAUUAGCUGAUUCCCCGUCUACACACCCACUCAUUUGGACACACCCACUCGCCAUAUGGUGCGUUCAGGACAAAUGGGAACUCGGAAAAAAACGAGGUCAAAUCAUGACGUCAGUGAUCUUGAGGUCAGUUAGUCGAAGCUUUAGAGUUCUGAGUUGGAUAACCGUUCAAAACGAAUUAUCCAAUUUAAAAAGCUAGUUUUUUUUCGCGAGUUCCCAGUUGUCUUGAACGCACUGAAGUUUGAAGUUGAGAUUUCCGCGCUCCUAGUUGUUUGAACGCGGCAAUACCCUGGUCACUGCAGCUACCCAUAGACGCAUAUUUCUGGGGGGAAGGUCAUUACGGUCAGCUGAUCAUAUGACAGCGUGCGCAUGACCAGGAAGUAAACAUUGAACAGAGACACGCAAAGAGGGAUUCUUCAAGACCAACUCAAAUGGUGUCCCUGAUCUGCACCCUGCAAGACCAUCGCGACGAUGUCAACUGGUGCGCCUUCUCCCCGACACUGCUGGCCACCUGUUCAGCUGACAAAACCGUACGAAUUUACAACACCCAAGACUUUUCCGAAGUCCCGUACUCCCCGCUCUCUGGCCACGGCUAUGGCGUCCAUUGUUGCUGCUUCAGCGCCUGUGGUCAGUAUUUAGCCUCGUGUUCAACUGAUGGUUCCACAGUUGUGUGGUCAACGGACACGGGUGAGAUAGAGGCAGUGCUGGAGCAUCCGGGUCGGAACCCCGUCAGGGUCUGCGCCUUCUCACCCGACUCUUCACACCUGGUUUCGGGGGCGUCCGAUGGUACUUUAGGUCUUUGGGAUUUCCGUACGAAAACAUUGCACAGGACGGGGGCAGUGAAUGACACCACUAUGGUGGCCUGCUCCUUCACCCCCUGUGGCCAGAUGUUUGUCUCUGGAUCUACGUAUGGGGACCUCAGGCUGUGGGACCUGGACAUGAACCAGCUCCAUGCGGAGAAGAACACUCACGACUUGGGGGUCACCUGCUGCUGCUUUGGCCCCAAGAUCCUCAGUGGUAGCGGUCGGGUACAGUUCCGCCUGGCCUCCUGUGGACAAGACAGCACGCUGAAGAUAUGGACCGUCUCCAGGUCCAACACAGGCAGCUGUAAGAUGCAGCUGCUGCACACCCUGACCGGCCAGUCUGCCCCGGUGCUCUCCUGUGCUUUCUCUGCGGACGGACAGCUGCUUGUGUCUGGCUCAGUGGACAAAACGGUCACAGUGUACGAUGCUAGCCAGGGGACUUUGCUCUACACAUUGAACCAACACGAGAGGUACGUGACGGCGUGUGCCUUCUCUCCCAGCACACCUCUGUUCGCCACGGGUUCUAUGGACAAGACUGUCAAUAUAUGGAGAGUAGAGGAUGGACACAGUGGCCAUGAAGAAGGCAAAUCUUUACCUGUUGAAACUGCAACAUUCUCAUGCGAAGGCAGAAAGUUGCUGUGUCCCUCCAGGCUUCUGGUCAGUGAUUGGUCAGAGGAGGACGUGGGGGCGUGGCUGUGUGAGGAGGGGCUGCAGGCGCUGGUGGAAAACUUCAAGGCAAACAACAUAGAUGGAGCGGAGCUCAUCAGUCUGACCAAGGAGACACUGGCCUCAGAACUCAACAUAGAGUCUGUGGGGUUGCGCAGUAAGGUCCUGAGGAAGGUAGAGGAGCUGAAGGCGGGGUGUGUGUGUACCGGUGUUCCUGAUGAGUACCUCUGUCCAAUCACCAGAGAGUUGAUGAAGGACCCUGUUAUCGCUGCAGAUGGGUACUCCUAUGAGAGGGAAGCGAUUGAGAGCUGGAUCGCAACCAAGAAUCGUUCCAGCCCCAUGACCAACCUGCCCUUACAGACAACACUUCUGACCCCAAACCGAACCCUGAAGAUGGCUAUUGGACGCUGGAGGACCAGCCAGUGAGAAAGAGGGCUGCAUCUUCUACAUCCAUUUCAAUCUGAAGGCGGGUCUAUCCCUCAGUUAACUUCUGACCAAAAGUAGGCUCAUAGUACAUAAAGCUAUAUAUGAUGAUGUUUUCAGGUUGACCAUAUUGAGCUUCGAUUCAACCCCUCACUGUGUCUGUUGGGAUGAAACUGCUUUAGAAUGUAAAUAUUUAUAGCUGAUGAGACAUUCUAAUGUAUAUAUUCUCAAACUCAUGCAUGUUGACCAUGUUUAACUCUGCUAUUUACUCUACUCUGCUGCUUUAGCUCCAGAACCAUUUCGAUGUACAUUGCAUUCGGAAAGUAUUCAGACCCCUUGACUUUUUCCACAUUUUGUUAUGUUACAGCUUUAUUCUAAAAUUGAUUAAAUUGUUUUUCCCCCCUCGUUAAUAUACACAUAAUACCCCAUAAUGACAAAGCAAAUUACAGCCUCGGGUCUUCUUGGGAGUGACGCUACAAGCUUUGCACCUCUGUAUUUGGGGAGUUUCUUCUUUCUCUGCAGAUCCUCUCAAGCUCUGUCAGGUUGUAUUGGGGAAUGUCGCUGCACGGCUAUUUUCAGGUCUCUCCAGGGAUGUUCGAUCGGGUUCAAGUUGGGGCUCUGGCUGGGCCACUCAAGGACAUUCAGAGGCUUAUCCCGAAGCCAUUCCUGCGUUGUCUUAGUGGUGUGCCUAGGUUCAUUGUCCUGUUGGAAGGUGAACCUUUGCCCCAGUCUGAAGUCCUGAGCAGGUUUUCAUCAAGGGUCUCUGUACUUUUCUCCAUUCAUCUUUCCCUCAAUCCUGACUAGUCUCCCAGUCCCUGCUGCUGAAAAACAUCCCCACAGGAUGAUGCUGCCACCACCAUGCGUCACAGUAGGGAUUGUGCCAGGUUUCCUCCAGGUGUGACGCUUGGCAUUCAGGCCAAAGAGUUCAGUCUUGGUUUCAUCAGAUCAGAGAAUCUUGUUUCUCAUGGUCUGACAGUUUAGAUGCCUUUUGGCAAACUCCAAGUGGGCUGUCAUGUGACUUUUACUGAGGGGUGGCUUCCUGGCCACUCAACCAUAACGUCCUGAUUGGUGGAGUGCUGCAGAGAUGGUUGUCCUUCUGGAAGGUUCUCGGAUCUCCACAGAGGAACUUUGGUGCUCUAUCAGUGACCAUCGGGUUCUUGGUCACCUCCCUGACCAAGGCUCUUCUCCCCCAAUGGCUCAGUUUGGUCGAGAGGCCAGCUCUAGGAAGAAUCUUGGUGGUUCCAAACUUCUUCCAUUUAAGAAUGAUGGUCACCAUGAUCUUGGGGACCUUCAAUGCUGAAGAAAUGUUUUGGUACCCUUCUCUAGAUCUGUGCCUCCUUCAACCUCAUGGCUUGGUUUCUGCUCUGACAUGCACUGUCAACUGUGGGACCUUAUAUAGACAGGUGUUUGCCUUUUCAAAUCAUGUCCAAUCAAUUGCGUUUACCACAGGUGGACUCUAAUCAAGUUGUAGAAACAUCUCAAGGAUGAUCAAUGGCAACAGGAUGCACCUGAUCUCAGUUUUGAGUCUAAUAGCAAAGGUUAUGAAUACUUAUGUAAAUAAGGUAUUUCAGUUUGUUAUUGGUAAUACAUUUGCAAACAUUUCUAAAAACAUUUUGUUUGCUUUGUCAUUAUAGUUAUUGAGUGUAGAUAGAUGAGGAUUUAAAAAAAAUGCUUAUCCAUUUUAGAAUUAGGCUGUAAUGAGGAAAAUGCAUUUAAUGGAUACUGGUGUCAACAACUGAAGUGUUCAAUCUAUGGCUGAAGUUAUAUAACAGGGAUAGCAGAUGUCGGUACACAUUCAAUUUUACACGUGGGUGUUUGAAAUGAGUGGAAGGGAGAUGUCAUUUUAGUUUUCCAACGAGAUUUUAUUUCCCCAUGAUUGUGGUAGAAGUGCUUGAGCAUAGUCUGUAUCAUGUGUCGCAUAGCUCACAAAUCAAAGAUGGCAACAAUGUCCAUGUGGAAUACCUGUAUCAUCUCACCAAUAAUACCAUUACAAGCUAUUCUGUACCUUACUGUAAACGGUUAAUGUUGUGCGCACAUAAACUAAAUAAAUCCAUCAACUUUUCAAUUA